AUGAAGAGAUGCAAUGCAUUGUCGACAGACACUGGGAAUAAAUCACAUAAGAAAGCCAAAGAGGGUACCAAUGACAAAGAGAAUACAGUUGUGGGGAACAAAACACAAACCUCAUCUAUCACAGAUGUUUCACCUUCACCAAGUAUCCAAAAUCAUUUUAGGGUGCCCUUCCAGAAUGUUACGAAUCAAGUAUUUCGACCCAUUAUUCAACGCCCAUCACAGUCUAAUCCUUCAAACUUCGUUGAAAAUUCAUCGACACAUACUAUCCCAUUAAGUUGUGUUUUUCAAAGUUUUAAACAUGCGACACAGAGAGCAAGAGUUGCAAGAAAGGAAAUCUUGGAUAACAGAAGAACAAUAGGCAUUACUACCUCAAAUAGAGGCCCCCAUUCUCAAACGCAAAGUUCACCUACCACUGUAAUUUUGACUGGUUCUAGAAACGGCCCGCACCCUGCGAGUAGAAUUGGUAACCAAGAAGGAUCUCAACGGAGUACCAACAUUUCAGCCAAGAAACGAAAGACUCUUGGAUCACCUCCAUCGUGA